UGCUCCCGACCCCGCCCACCUGGCCCGGGCCUUGGUCCUUCGUGGGCCGCCUUCGGCCGCCAUGGGCUCGGAGAUGGAGCCGCUGCUCCUCGCCUGGAGCUAUUUUAGGCGCAGGAAGUUCCAGCUCUGCGCAGAUCUGUGCACGCAGAUGCUGGAGAAGUCCCCUUACGACCAGGAACCAGAUCCUGAAUUGCCAGUGUCUCAGGCAGCUUGGAUUUUAAAGGCACGAGCACUAACUGAAAUGGUAUACAUAGAUGAAAUUGAUGUAAAUCAGGAAGGAAUUGCAGAAAUGAUGCUAGAUGAAAAUGCUAUUGCUCAAGUUCCACGCCCUGGCACAUCUUUGAAACUCCCUGGAACUAAUCAGACGGGAGGGCCUAGUCCAGCUAUCAGGCCAAUCACUCAAGCUGGAAGACCCAUUACAGGUUUCCUUAGACCUGGCACACAGAGCGGAAGGCCUGGCACUAUGGAGCAGGCCAUCAGAACUCCCAGAACUGCCUACACAGCUCGCCCCAUCACCAGCUCAUCUGGAAGAUUUAUCAGGCUGGGAACGGCUUCCAUGCUUACAAGUCCUGAUGGGCCUUUUAUAAACUUAUCUAGACUGAAUUUAACAAAAUAUGCCCAGAAACCUAAAUUGGCAAAGGCUUUGUUCGAGUAUAUCUUUCAUCAUGAAAAUGAUGUUAAGACCAUUCAUCUUGAGGCUGUCACUCUACAUCUUGGCAUUGAUAUGAUGGUGUUGAGGAAUAGCAACCACAUUGAAAAAAAUGCUUUGGACUUGGCUGCCCUGUCCACAGAGCACUCUCAGUACAAGGACUGGUGGUGGAAAGUGCAGAUUGGAAAAUGUUACUACAGGUUAGGAAUGUAUCGUGAAGCAGAAAAACAGUUUAAAUCAGCCCUGAAGCAGCAGGAAAUGGUAGAUACAUUUCUCUACUUGGCAAAAGUUUAUGUCUCAUUGGAUCAACCAGUGACGGCUUUAAAUCUUUUCAAACAAGGCUUAGAUAAGUUUCCAGGAGAAGUAACCUUACUUUGUGGAAUUGCCAGGAUCUAUGAGGAAAUGAACAAUAUUUCAUCAGCAGCAGAAUACUACAAAGAAGUUCUGAAACAGGACAAUACUCAUGUGGAAGCCAUUGCCUGCAUUGGAAGCAACCACUUUUAUUCCGAUCAGCCAGAAAUAGCUCUGCGGUUUUACAGGCGACUCCUGCAGAUGGGUGUUUAUAACUGCCAGCUUUUUAACAAUCUGGGGCUCUGCUGCUUCUAUGCCCAGCAGUAUGAUAUGACUCUGACCUCGUUUGAGCGUGCCCUUGCUCUGGCUGAAAACGAAGAAGAGGCAGCUGAUGUCUGGUACAACCUGGGCCACGUAGCUGUGGGCAUAGGAGACAUGAACUUGGCCCAUCAGUGCUUCCGGCUCGCUCUGGUCAACAACAACAACCACGCCGAGGCCUACAACAACCUGGCCGUGCUGGAGAUGCGGAAGGGCCACGUUGAGCAGGCAAGAGCACUGUUACAAACCGCGUCAUCCUUGGGACCCCAUAUGUACGAGCCACAUUUUAAUUUUGCAACGGUCUCUGACAAGAUUGGAGAUCUGCAGAGAAGCUAUGUUGCUGCUCAAAAGUCAGAAGCAGCAUUUCCAGAUCAUGUGGAUACCCAAUACUUAAUUAAACAGCUAAAGCAGCAUUUUGCUAUGCUCUGACUGUCCCACAGACCAAGUUUAUUCUUGGGCAUAGGAUAUAUAUGAGGGGGCAUUACACAACGGAAAUAGUAUGUUUAUAUAUAUAUAUAUGCAUGCUAUACAGACCUGUGCUUAAUACUAGUGAAGAGGACAUAAGGGAGUUUACAUAAGAAUUCAUAAGCAAACUUUGUAAUAACUUGUAUAGUAUUAUAAAAGAUAGGAUUUCAUGUUUGUAAAUAGAUCAUGAAAACUCCUCCCACAUUAUGUGGUAGAUGUUUAUAAAAAUGUUUAUAAAACAUUUUCAUGAAUUUCCUCGAAUUUUUACAAAUGCAUAUUUUUAAUGUUAAGCUGGCCAUUAGCUAACAUGUAGCUUCAGGGGUCUGAAGUCACCAUAAAGAUCACACUUCUUUGGGUAAAAAUGUGUAUAUUCAUCCCAGUUAGAGACUUUAUUUAGAAAUUAAAAAUUGUAUUUAAAACUAUUUCUCAAAGGCUUUACAAGACACUACACAUUUUCUUAUAUACUAUGCUUUAAAAUAAAUCAGUGUGUAAUACACCAA